GGUAAGGAGGCGGACCCAUGUGUGGAGAAGAGCGAGAUUUAUUAAUGGGAAAUCCAGAUUCAGUCGUUAUGACGGUCCAGGGUUAUUUAGCCAACACGUAGAGUUCUAGGAUACAUGAUGAACUAAACCAAAGCACACGAAGGCAAACAGGGGAAGCAAGCUAUAACAGACUAUGAAAUAACACACGGAGGACCUUGGCGAGCACCUAUUGCUGUUUUCCCUUAGCUCCUGGCCUGAAACCAGUUGAUGGGAUCAGGAUGCAAAUUAUACAGCGACAAAGGCAGAGACGGACAGGGUCAUGGUAUAUUUGCCAGUGGAAGCCCCUUCAAGAAGGUGACACUCGCGGAUGGCUGUACCUUCCACCCAGGCCAAGGCAACAAUGCCUGCGUGAUCCUAGGGGUGGCACUCGGGAUCAUCACCUGUGGGGUGCGCCACAUAUCCGAUAACAUUUUCCUCACAGCACAGGCAGUAGCUGACAUGGUCACAGAGGAGCACCUAGCUGAGGGAAGACUGUAUCCUCCUCUUGGCUCAAUCAGAGAAGUGUCCUUUAAAAUUGCCAUGAAGAUCGUGGACUACGCCUACGAACACGGCAUUGCUGCUUGGUAUCCAGAGCCCAAGGAUAAAGAAGCCUUUGUGUUGUCUCAUGUCUACAAUUCAGACUAUGACUCCUUCACACUGGACUCUUAUACAUGGCCCAAGGAAGCCAUGAAGGUCCAGGAUGUACAGCUGCUCUUACACCCCCCACCCCCACCCCUGGUCUCCUCCUCCCUGAGAGAGAUCCACAAAACGCCACCUUGUCUUGCCCAUCUGCUCCUCAUCUGACAUGCUAGUCAUUUCAGUCUUUUUGCCUUUGCAUUCAGUGUUCAACCAAAUCCCCAUGGCUAGAUUUUUGGUAAGUUAAAAGUAGACGUGCCUGCUCUUAAGACAUUGCCUCUGCCCACAGAUGCCAAAGACUGCAGUUCAUCUGAUUGGCCACAUGGCUGUGCUGCAGACACAGGUGUUGAAGGUUCACUGGAAUGAUGGCUGUCGCUACAGGUUAAAAAAACUACCGCAGUCCACUGAUGUCUAGCCAACUGCUAAAUUAUUCAAGUGUAGCUUUUAUGAAUAGAUUGUAUGUCACUCCAGGAUUUGCUUUACACUUAUGAGUGCGCUCCAAGCCAAAAUAUCUGGUUUUAAACUCUCUUUUGAUUCCAGUCCGUGUUUUGUCUAGUACUGAUGCAUGCGGCAAUCGUGCAGCUAUCAAUUUAGUGAGAGGUUCUUUUUAUACCAUAGCUGUCAGUAGGAUCUGAAGAACUGACUGCAACAUAUUGGAUGUUUCUCUAGUUUUAUUUAUAAGAUGGCAUCAUUCUUGAAUAAGCAGGUUGCCUCUGUUUUAUUUAUUUAUUUAUUUAUUUAUUUUUAUUUAUUUUUUGCUGUUUUUAAGACUCCUGUGUUGUCUCGUACGGAUUUUGCCAAAGGACAUUGUGUCAAACGCAUCAAAAGCAGACAAUACUGUGCUAACUACAAAGCAUGACUACCUGUCUGGGCCACCCUCUUUUUCAGUGGUAGCUAGCAAAUUGUUCAGUGCUUAGUGUCUGAAGAAUUGUUGCUAUCGUCAUUCAUAAAUUGAUUGAGCACUGUAAACAAAGUCUAUUUUCACAUGUU